AUGGGCCGACCAAAGCUGUACAAUACACCCGAAGAACGCAACGAAGCUAAACGGGUACACAGACGGUCAUACUAUGCAAGGAACAAAUCUGCAAUUAGUUCCAUGCGGAAAGAAAAGUAUCACGCUCGACAAGCCACCAGGCGCAACGAUGCGGGUGUUCUGCCCUGUAGUUCAUCAACGAUCGAACAGGAUGUACCUACUGGUACCGAACCGACAAAGAAGAAACUGCGCUGCAGCAAGCGAGAUCGCAUGACAGUUUACCUCGGAGGUGAACCAUAUGACAUUAUCAACGGCCUUUUGUUGGAAUACCUGGAGAUGAAGUCGUCAGAAAAACUUCGGGCAGCCGUAGGAGUGAUCGAAGAGAUAUUCCUCGAGACUCGGCAGGCAGAAACCGACUUACUCAUGCAAGGAGUUGUUGGCAAAAGAUGUCUUAUGCGAUGUUUUGGUGGAUGGUAUGGACUUGCAACGAAAAUAUGA